UAGUGCAAAGUUGCCAGAAGGUGAGUUGCCUAUCACCAUACUCUUUGAGUGUUCUUCCUGGUUCUCUCUUGCCUAGAAUAAAUUUUCCUAGGUGAAAAGUAUUAAGUUUUACUAGUUCAAUAGUUUUCUGCUCAAACGAUUAUUGAGUGUAUAGGGUUCGAGUCCAAGAUACAAGACUUAAAAAUUUUCUUUAAUACAACCUUAUAAGCCAAAUGGGAGUAAGUGACUUUGAAUAUUAAAUAUCCGAAGUUAGACCUUCGUAUAUAUAAAAAGCCAAACGUGACGUAAUAGGUCCACAAAGGUCCUUAAUAGGGCCAUAAAGGUUGCAAGAAAGUGCUUCCCAAGACUUUAGGCCUUUAAAGAACCUAAUAGUUCCAUAAGGGCGUGUUUGAUAACUAGAAGAUACUUACCAAAAGAUGGAACUUACUUGUUCCUGUAGCAGUUUCAUGUUUGAUAAAAACAAGUAAGCUGCAACGAAGAGGGUAUUUGCUUGCCCCCGACUGCCCUAACCACAGAGUAGAGACCAUCUCGCGCCUUAUCUUUGCACUUAUGAGCCUCCUCACAAAGGUACAUCUCAAUUUUUUCUCUCUCUGGUUUCUCUCUCUCCCCUGAUUUUUUUCUCUCUGGUUUUUUCUCUAUCCCAUGGCUUGUUUGCUCUCUCUGAUUUUUUCUCUAGGUUCCGAACAUGGUGAAAAUGGAUCUAGGAUUUUCUCUAAAUAUUGUUUUGUGGUAAAUUGUUCUCUUUCGGGAAAAAAUAAUUUGCCUGUUUUUGUAUGGUAAACAGUUUUCUGUAGAAACCUUGGCCCUUGCCCCUCUUCCCUUCCCUUCAAGCCUUCCUUUCUCCACUCCAGCUAAAUUUCACAGUUCUCUCAUUUUCCAAUUCUUCUUUUCAUCAGGUUUCUUCUACUACACAGCAGCUGGCUGCGGAUGAGGUGGUGGAGAGUAGGCUCCCUUGCAAGGAGGCUAUGGGAAGUCCCCACACCCUCUUCACCAUAUUUCUUCUUUGAUCAUCAGUUUUACACAUCCCAUUUUCUUAAUCUCUCCAUAAUAGCAUCUUUCUCAGAGCAGCAGCUCAAGGGAGGCAUCCUUUCCUCAUCCUGUAGAAGAAUUUCUCAUCAUGAUCCCUUGAAAUUUGAAGAAGUUCAUUUAAUCUAUAAUAGGCAUGGUUUUCCUACUGCCUCCCCUCGACAACAACAUCGCCGUUUGCUUCAUUCCUUGAUUUCCACUUCCCAAGACUGUGAAAGGUCUCUCGAUUCAUUGGUUCCCCUCUUCUUUUCAUCCCCCAAAAAGAUACUGAAAUCCCAGUACUUGGAAAAGUGGGAGAGGUUUUUCUCUCAGCUGGGGAAUUUCAGCAACCGUCAGACUAUUAUUGAGAAGGUUUUGGAGCAUUCUGCGAGGUUUCAGCUCGAUCCUGUGAAGUCCCAUGAAAUUCUCGAUUUCCUUGGCACUUUUCAGGUCAGUGAUGCUGUUGUGGGGGAGAUUCUCGAAGCUUCUCCAUGGUUGAUGUUCUUGGAUUGCCAAGUGGAUUUGGAGCCCAAAGUAAAGGUUUUGAAGGAUGCAGGCAUCAGAGAGGAGUCGAUAAUUAGGAUGCUAACCAAAAGCCUUUCUAAGCUAGCAUCUAUAGGAUUGGAUGAGCUUGUACUGGAGCUUGAUUACCUCAUGGGACUGGGGUUAAGCAAAGGGCAGCUGGAUGAGGUGUUGUACGAGUUUCCUGAUAUUCUAGGACUUGGGGUUGACGCUAGGUUGAAGCCUCUGGUCUCUGAGUUAGAGAGGUUAGGUUUUCAAGGCGACAAGUGCCAAAAGGCAAUUAUGGAUGAUCCUCGUGUUUUUGGCAUGGAGAUUGGAGGGGAGCUCUCUCGAUGCUUUAAUUUGUUGAAGAAUUUGAAAUGCAGGCCAUUGAUUAAGGCGAGAAUUCUUGAUCAUGGGGCUAUAAGAGCUUGUGUUCGAGUGAAAACAAGAGUGGAUUGCCUUUGCAAACACGGGCUGAACCAUAGAGAAGCUUUCAAGCUUUUGGAACGUGAACCUCGAAUUAUUACUUAUGAUCUCUCAGGCAUUGAGCAGAAGAUUGAUUUCCUACUGAACCGGAUGGGUUAUUCAAUUGGAAGUCUAAUGGAUGCCCCAGAAUACUUGGGUGUGAAUUUUGAAAAGCAGAUAGUUCCUAGGUACAGAGUUAUAGAAUAUUUGAGAUCGAAAGGUGGUCUCGGGUUUAAUGUGGAUCUGAGAUGUAUGAUGAAGCUGACCAGACGACGGUUUUGCAACCUUUUUGUCAAACCAUACCCAGAAUGUGAAAAGCUCUAUGGGAGUUCAAAAAGAGGCAUGGCUGCUGAAACAAGAAAAUCACUUGAGCUUUGGAAAUUGUUUAAGCCUGAAAAAUUUCCCGAGUCCAAGGAGGAUAUCAAGAAUAUCAAACAGUUCAUGGAAUCAAUAAUUUAGUGUUUUACACGUUAGAUUCAACAGAGGAAAAUUCGGUGGUCCAAGUUGGCGGUAAAAUGGUCAUUGACUAAUGUCAAAUGCAAACCAAGUAGUUCCACAUGAAUAUCCUUUUUGCUACAAGCUUUUUGAGAUCAAAAUGGUGAUAAUAAUGAGGAAGCUGAUUUUGGUUAAAGAAACAGACUUGCUUUUGUGUUUGUAUACCGACUUUUGAUCAAACAAGUCAGCUAUGCAUACUGCAAAGUUAUCCUCGCCAAUGCAGGGCAAAUCAAAAUGUAUUCCCCGCCAACUAGAUUUCAUUUGCUUGGCAAUCAAGUGAAGGACUUCGUUGUGACUGUCCAGGUAGAGUUUUUGAAGUAUAACAACGUUAUGGAGCAUAAUUUUAUCCUCACCAAUGCAGGGCAAAUCAAAAUGUAUUCCUGUGAUGUAUAGUUGUAUAUGCAAUUGCUGACAUGGCUAAUGAUGUGCAAUGACUACUAUCAUCCCAGUUUUAUUCAUGAAUUUUUCUUUAUUUGGUGAUGUGCAUGGUAAUCCCAUAAACUUAUAUCGAAGUGUGAUGUUUGCUGAA